UGCACAUUCUAAUUUCAAUUUUCGGGCUGCUCCAAUGGGGACGAGAUCGAAUUUUUACAAGAACCCUUCGAUUGCUUACAGGAAAGAUUUUAGUCUCAACUCUGUUCUUGAGAACUUGAGAGCUUACAACGCUGCAACUGGUGCUGCUCCAUCAAUCGUAGAAAAACUACCUGAAGAUGAAGACCAACACGAGCAUGAACAUCAACCCAAUAACAAACGCCAACGAAAACGCCAUCCUCAUCCUAAAUCAUCUUCUUCGGAAAAAUCUGAACAAAUUGAAGAUAAAAAUGGACCUAUGUCUCACCAUGAUUACAUUCAGAAGAUAAGGAAAGAAGCUUGUUCUUCGAAGCCUUAUGAGGAAUUAUCUGCUGAUGUUCUUCUGGGAACUUCUAGUUCUGCUCUUGUGAAUUUGGUAGCAUAUGGCAGUGAUGAAAGUAGUUCCUCAGAAUGUGAAGAAAAACAAGAUUCACUAAAUUCUGGUUAUGAAAAUGAACCUGAUCGAGUAAAGAGCAGAAGUGAACAACGUUUUCCUUUUUCUGGAGAACCUGUUUGUGUUAUAUGUGGUAAAUUUGGAGAAUAUAUAUGCAAUGAGACUGAUGAUGAUGUCUGCAGCAUGGAGUGCAAACGUGAGCUUUUAGAAAUCAGUAAUGCUACAAAGGAACCUUCAUGGACCCAAAUAACAGAUGUCGUCUCGUCUGAGCUUAAAAAUACCUUACCCAUGUCUGAGAUUGAAGAGGACACUUGGGAUUUCAAUCGGAAUCGUUGGUCCAGCAAAAAAUCUAAGCUUUGUACUUAUGAAUGUUGGAAAUGUCAAAGACCUGGACACCUUGCUGAAGAUUGUUUGGUUAUGAAAUCUAACGAGGCUUCGGAAGGGAAAAAUAAAGCCAGUUCCCUUUCCAGAGAUCUUGCUGAACUGUACAAAAGAUGUCAUCAGAUAGGCAGAAAAUUGUCUUCUGCUAAGUGUAGCACAUGCUGCAGCUCAUUAAGUUUGGCGACUUGCCUUGGUUGUAAUAGUGUUUUUUGUGACAAUGCAGGUCAUUUGAACGAGCAUAUAAAGAAACAAACAUCUCAUCGACAAUAUUAUUCUCAUAAGCUCAAGCGUCUAGUAAAAUGCUGCAAAUCAACCUGCAAGGUUACGGACAUCAACGAGCUUUUGGUUUGCCACUAUUGUUUUGAUAAAGCCUUUGACAAGUUCUAUGACAUGUACACUGCAACUUGGAAAGGUUCCGGGUUGUCGAUGAUUUGGGGUUCUAUAUGCUGCGAAGACCACUUCGAAUGGCACAGGAUGAAUUGCUUGAAUGCAGGCGUAGAAGACAACGCAUAUAUUGUGAAUAGGAACACUCAAAGAAAACAUGAAUCUACUCAGCUUAGUGACUUCAUCUUCUAAGGUUCGUUUAAAGUCAAAGGACAGAAAUAUGGUCUGCUUGCUCGGACAGCUGCUCUUUUUUUGGUUCUUUCAUUUCAAUAAGGUGUUCAUGUUUGAGAGUGUUGUUUCUGAAAAAUAAUCACUAAAAAUUUAUUUAUUUCUAAAUGCACAACUGAUUCAUAAAAUGAUAAAUGGUAAAAGAAGUAUUGUGAUUAUAGUAUAGUUUGGAAAUAAUAGAUUAAAGAAGCUAAACCUUCUCUUGAUUUGGAGAAGGAUUCUUGGUGAGCAA